ACCAGAUCCUGAGGAACAUGGAAGCCUCCCUGACAGCUCGGGAUCGCGUGGGCAUCCAGGAUUUUGUUCUACUAGACGCCUACACAAGUGAGAGUGCCUUCCUGGACAACCUGAGGAAACGCUUCCAUGAGAAUCUCAUUUACACUUACAUUGGGACUCUCUUGGUGUCGGUCAACCCAUACAAAGAGUUAGAUAUCUACAGUAAGAAGCAAAUGGAUACCUACAUGGGUGUAAACUUUUUUGAGCUGCCACCUCAUAUUUACGCGCUGGCAGACAACGUCUUCCGUACCAUGCAGUCUGAGUUCAACAACCACUUCAUUCUGAUCUCAGGGGAGAGCGGGGCCGGCAAGACUGAGGCUUCCAAAAAAAUCCUGCAAUUCUACGCUGUCAGCUGUCCGAGUACUAAACUCCUGAACAACGUCCGGGACAGGCUGCUUCUUUCCAAUCCAGUGCUUGAGGCUUUCGGAAAUGCCAAAACCCUGAAGAAUGACAACUCAAGCCGCUUUGGGAAAUACAUGGACAUCCAGUUCGACCACCAGGGUGGUGCAGUUGGUGGUCACAUCCUGAGUUACCUGCUGGAGAAGUCCCGUGUGGUCCACCAGAACCACGGAGAGAGAAACUUCCACAUCUUCUAUCAGCUGGUGGAGGGAGGAGAGGAAGAUCUGCUCCGAUGGCUCGGCCUGGAGAGAAACUGCCAGCACUACAGUUACUUGGUGCAGGGGGGUUGUGCCAAAGUUAGCUCUAUCAAUGAUAAAAGUGACUGGAGGAUGGUGCAGAAAGCCCUCUCCGUGAUAGAGUUCAACGAGAGUGAUAUUGAGCACCUGUUUGGAAUAAUUGCUAGUGUGCUCCAUCUGGGAAACAUCAAGUUUGUAGCAGAUGUUCGAGGAUACGCCUCUCUCAACAACAACCAGGAGAUGCACUGGGUGUCAAAGCUGCUGGGGAUUCCUGCUCAGGUGCUACAACAAGGCCUAACCCAUAGGAAGAUUGAAGCCAAAGCAGAGGAGGUGUUAAGUCCCUUCUCUGUGGACCAUGCAGUAUAUGCCAGAGAUGCCCUUGCCAAAGCCAUCUAUGGCCGCACUUUCAACUGGCUAGUCAACAAGAUCAAUGAAUCUCUAGCAAACAAGGAUUCCUCCAGGAAAACAGUAAUUGGUCUCUUGGACAUCUAUGGUUUCGAGGUUUUCAACGUGAACAGCUUUGAGCAGUUUUGCAUCAACUACUGCAACGAGAAGCUGCAGCAGCUUUUCAUCCAGCUGACCCUGAAGUCAGAGCAGGAGGAGUACGAGAUGGAAGGGAUUGAAUGGGAACCAGUGCCAUAUUUCAACAACAAGAUCAUCUGUGAUCUUGUGGAGGAGAAACACAGAGGAAUCAUCUCUUUAUUGGACGAGGAAUGUUUACGUCCAGGAGAGGCCACAGAUCUCACACUACUGGAGAAGAUGGAGGAAACGAUCGGUGGUCACCCUCAUUUUGUCACACAUAAACUUGCAGACCAGAAGACGAGGAAAACACUGGAAAGAGGAGACUUUCGCCUCUUGCACUAUGCUGGGGAGGUUACAUACUGUGUUAUUGGAUUCUUGGACAAAAACAAUGAUCUCUUGUAUCGAAAUGGGAAAGAGGUCAUGCGACAGUCCAAGAAUGCUAUUAUCAAACACUGUUUUCCUUCUACUGAACCGGACAGCAAAAGGAGGCCUGAAACUGUUGUGACUCAGUUCAAGAGCAGCCUGGUGGGCUUGACUGAGAUCUUAAUGUCCAAAGAGCCCUGGUACGUUCGCUGCAUUAAACCCAAUGAAGCCAAGCAGCCAGGACGCUUUGAUGAUGUGCUGGUGAGACAUCAGGUGAAGUACCUGGGGCUCAUGGAGCACCUGAGGGUCAGACGUGCCGGGUUUGCUUACCGGCGCAAAUACGACAUCUUUCUCCAGAGGUAUAAACCUCUCUGUCCAGACACCUGGCCCAACUGGAAAGGUACGGCAGCAGAAGGUGUGCGCUGCUUGAUCAAACAUCUGGGCUACAAACCUGAUGAGUACAAGAUGGGCAGGACAAAAAUUUUCAUCCGACACCCUAGAACUCUGUUUGCAACAGAAGACGCCUUUCAGGUCUGCAAACAUAAGCUAGCAACAAGGAUUCAGGCCAAGUACAAAGGCUACAGAGUGAAAGGAGACUACCAGAAACAGAGAGAUGCUGCCACCAAGAUUGAGAACUGCUGGAGAGGUAUAAUGGCCAGAAAGGAGCGUGAAAAGAGGGCAUGGGCUGUCAAGGUCAUCAAGAAGUUCAUUAAAGGUUUCAUAACCAGAAAUCAGCCAGCCUGCAAUGACAACAGUGAGUACCUGGCGUAUGUGAGGCAGAACUACCUCACACGGCUGAGGGAAAACCUUCCCAAAACAGUCCUGGAGAAAGACUCCUGGCUCACCCCUCCACCUAUAAUGAAGGAGGCUUCCCAGCUCUUGAAGAAGCUCUACAUUCGCCACAUGGUAGGGAAGUACGUACGAGGAAUCACUCCACAGAGGAAAGCACAGCUUGUGUUAAAAGCACAGACGAGCUCCAUGUUCAAAGGAAAGAAAGAAAACUACCCCUUCAGUGUGUGCAGACCGUUUGUGGACACCAGGAUAGGUGCAGAAGAUAUAAACAUCAAAGUGCUUCAGAUGAUUCAGCAUGAGCACAUCAAGUACAGCGUGCCAGUGGUGAAGUAUGACAGGAACGGAUUUAGGCCUCGUCUCCGGCAGCUCAUCUUCACUCAGGAAGCUGCCUACCUUGUGGAGGAAGCCAAGACUAAGCAGCGGAUAGAUUACAUCUCUCUGAAAGGUGUGUCGGUCAGCAACCUGAGUGACAACUUUCUGAUCCUUCAUGUUACAUGUGAUGACAUCAAGCAAAAGGGGGAUCUGGUUCUGCAGUGUGACUACCUGUUUGAGGCCCUGACUAAGCUCAGUGUUAUUGCCAACAAGCAGAACUACAUCAAAGUGGUUCAGGGCAGUGUGCGAUUUGACAUCCAGCCCGGCAGAGAGGGGUUUGUGGACUUCAAAAGUGGCCAGGAGUCCAUGGUCUACAGGGCAAAGAAUGGCCAUUUGAUGGUGGAAUCUACAAGAACCAAGUCCAGAUGAUGUUGCCAGAUGAUUUGGGAUGAUGUUGCUGUAACAGCCAUGUUUGUUCAGUAAUACUGCUCCAUGGUUGUUGCCAAUUGUGUUCUAUUGUGUUCUAUGUCAGCUGAUUUUUACGUUUUGCAUCUUUAUGAUAAUGUCAUUCAAUUAUGUAUUAUGAAAAUAUUACACAAGUACUGCCAAUAUUUUAGUUUAGUAGAAAGCAGAUGACAAACUCAAAAUAGAACCCAGCCACAAUAUCAGUGGGUCUGCUUGUUCCUAAUAUCUAAAGUUCAAACCAUCUAAUUCAUGGAGAUAAACCAUCCAUAAUAACAAUAGAAGCACUUGUAAUCUUUAUUUUGUAUUUAACGCAUUUGAAUUUCUGUCUACAUGAUAACAGUAGAUACAAAUAUUACA